GUGUGAUACAGCAGCUACUGUCCGUAACAUGUGGGUGAAUUGUGCGCCAUGAGUUUGGGAGAAAUCAACAUUAGAAACUUCUCUCUGUUUAAUCCUCCAAGAUGUUGUUCGGCAAAGAAACUCCAUGGCGGCGUUUGGAUGGCGUGUCGUUUGGCAUGUUCUCCUCUGAAGAGAUCAGGUGAGAGGAGGCAGAGGCAGCAGCUGAGCUCUCUGCUCUGAGGCCAAACUUCACUUUAACAUGUUUGGCUGUGUUUGUGAGCUCUAAGGAUAGAUUGUGGCUCUUUACAUGUAUAAGAUACAUGUAGUCAGAACAGGGGUGUUAUAUUUUUUUAUUUAAACAAAACUAAGUUUAUGUUUUUUGGAAAUACAACAGGUUUUCGCUGUCCGUAGAUAAGAUUCACGAAAGUGUCCUGAUGCAGAUUUCCAGGUGUGAUCAUGGAUUAUUAAAUAACACGAAAAGGGCAUACAGAUCAGGUAAACUCUAAAGAGUCUGAGAGCAUCUUUGUUUUGAACAAACUCAAGUUUGUAUUUUUAGAUUACAAGGAUAUAAGGAUUUUCUACUGAGCAUUGAUUUUAACAUUUCUGUGGAGGUAUGGGCCAACAGUUCAGUAAUAUCAAAUCAUAAUGUUUGUCAUAGAAAACUGCAGUGAGAAUUAGUAAUAACAGAGAUAUCAGAGAACAUAUCAACUGUUCACAAACAAAAAAGUAUUACUCAAACUUCAUGAUUUAGUCUGAUGGUACCAAACUCCAGGGAAAAGAGUUUCUGUCCAGAUCUCUUUUUCCUGGAUGGCAGACUCUCAUUGUUAUGUUCAAAGUAAAAAUCAGAUAUCACCAGAAAAUGACCACAGAUUGUUAUUAGUUCAGAAUACGAGGAGGAGCAUCUUCAAGCCUCACCAUGCACUGAGGAGCUGAAAGCAGAUGUGCAUUUCUGUGACUGGAAACAAACUCAAAUUCAAUACCAAAUGAGAGCAGAGGUUAAAGGAAUAUUUUGCAAUCAAAGAAAAGUUUGAAAAAAGAAUGAUGAGACGAUAUGAACUCAGUAGGAAGUGAUUUUUCCCCCUCUUUUUUAUGCAGAAGUAUCAUCAAAAGCAAUGAAUAUGCCUCUGAAGUUUACUUUGUAAUGUCGUUUGUCUUAUGUUGGGGCCGAUCAUCUGUUUCUGUUGUUCAUUUGUGUUUUGGGUGAGAGGCAGGCAACAUUUCCGCUCUUUUACAGACAUGGAGCAUGUCCAUAUCAUAAAUGUAACUUUGUACACUACCAUCAAUGGAAUAAAGAAGAAUUACAUCAAAUAGGAUUUUUCUCUGUGAUAUGAUUCACUCCAAAUUGAAAUAUUUUACAUUUCUGCCCGUGCUGAUGAUUCUCAUCAAACUUUAUAAUCCUGAGACUUGGGCUGUUACAACUACAGGGCAUGUCCUCAAAAAGAGAGGAUAUUUCCCACAUAAAUCUUGAUUAUAAAAUAGCUUACUUGAAUUACAUAUUACAACAACAUUAAAUAGUCCGAAUUCAGAGAACUUCCAUAAAUCCACAUGCUCACUUUACUACCAACAUCAACAAACAUGAACAGUAACUCCAGUUCAGUGGGUGAUAAACUGACUCUUCACCCUUCAAAUCUCUUGUCCAGGAAAUUGAGUGUGAAGGCGGUCACCAAUCCCAGAUUCUUGGAUGCAGUUGGGAAUGUGGCCCCAAACAGCCUUUACGAUCUGGCCCUGGGACCAGCAGACAACAAAGAGGUACAACCCUCCUGAGACUGCAGUAUGCAGUCUUGGAUCAGUGUAUGCUAGACCUGUAUUUGCAGUGUCAGAAGUUUAGACUGUAUGUAUGAGGUACUUUUUCUGAUUCAGUUUUUGCUCUAUUGUUUUUGCCAGGUGUGUUCAACAUGCUGUCAGGAAUUCAACAACUGUCCAGGACACCUGGGACACGUAGAGCUACCACUUCCCGUGUACAACCCACUGCUGUUUGACGUAAGUGGGCCUGCAGAGCCACUGAAGUACCACGCUGAGGGGAGGGUAGCCAGUCUGUAUUAGUUGGUUUAUUACUUUGUAGGAUUUGGGGGUCAGAUGUUUUCUGGUUAUCGUUAACGUUGUUGAUGUAAUUAUUACUCAAUACAGAGACAGUUGGGAAUAUUUCUGACCUCUCAACCUGUAACUUUAAACAACUUUUCUAGUGUUUUGUUGUCCCUAUCUGACGUUUUUGACAACAUGGUGCUGGCACCAAAGUUAAAAUGGACAUAUAUAUUUUGAUGGAACAGUAACAGGUUUCAGAUUCAACAUUUGAUCUGUUGUCUUUGCACUAUUUAAAAAAAAAGAUAGGAUUAAAAAUCUUUUACAGACGCUGGCUGAGUUCACUGGCAUGUAUACGCACACAGGCUAUUUGAAAAAACACCCUGAGCACAAUGUGUUUGUGUGUGAUACUUUAUACCAGUCUGAGUGAUUAAAUUCUGAUCAGUGGUUUAUGACUAACACACUGCUGCUUUAAUUGACUUCUCCUCUUCUUCUUCUUCUUUGACUUCUUACCCCCCUCAGAAACUGUACCUGCUGAUUAGUGGUUCCUGUAUGUCAUGUCACAUGCUAACCUGUCCCCGAGCUGUCAUCCACAUGCUGCAGAGGCAGCUACAGUUGUUGGACCACGGAGCUAUGCAGGAGGUCUACCAAAUAGAACACAUUCUCAACCAGGUUUGUUUAUUUUUUAUUUAUUAAUUUACUUUCACAUAGUGUACAAUAUUAGGCAGUUAAAGAUACAAAAUAACAUGUGGGUUCUCACUUGCUGCUGUAAUCACCUGAAUGUAAAGUUACACUUGGUUGUUGUUUGAGAGACGGUGAAGUUAGUGGUUGUUUGUUGCUCUGGUAAAAUCUGAGCUCCAUAGAGCUCCAUGGUGGUUUUGUUACUACUGUAGAUCAACAGUUUGUGUUUGCAGUCCAUCACUGAGUGUGUUUUUGUGUGGCAGUAUUUGGAAGAGAAUCCCAAAGCCACUGGAGAUGAGAUCGAGCAGGUUCUCAAGGAGUAUACUGCCUCCGUUAUUGGAGCUAGCACUGGACUUUCAGAAAACAUCAAACCGGUGGGUACAAAAAUCUGUCAGUACAAAACAUGAAAAUACCCACGUACACCUGAGGACUUUGUAGACCGGUAUAAGGUGGAGGAGUUCAGCUCCACUGAGGCACACAGACUCAUGUUUCUGACUGUUUUUUUUUUUUUACAGAUUAAACAUGUUGUUGAAAAAAGGAACAGUCUCAUAAAUGAGUUCUGGAGGAUCAACAUGAAAACAAAAAAAUGCCCUCAUUGCAGGUAACUAGAUAACACAAGAACAUACCUGUGUGAUUUUGAAAACCAGCUCAGGUGAAGACAGACAGGAUUGAUCGUGUCACUAGGGCAUGUUUUUGUUUCUAACAUCAUUUCAAAAUGAAAAUUCACCCUGUUAAGACACAUUACUAAGAGCUGUUACUGACAUGCUGUAAAAACCUUGUGACCCUGAGCAUGUCUCACCUGCUCUGUCAAGAGCCUGAUGUUGUUCAUGUGUUUGGUAACUUAAAAGACCCAAAGAGAGAAGAGAGCGCUAGUCUUUCUGCGUGGAAAUUUCAAAAAGUCUGUGUUUCUGUGUUUACGUCAAACUUUAGCAGCUUUUGAAGCCAAAGAAGAAUGACUACUUAGUAUGAUGCUCUAAAAGUUAAAGCUCCAUCAAGGAACUUUGAGUUUGUGUCAGCUUUGGCACCCUCUCUGGACUAAGUAGUUUUUUUCCCCUCUUGUUCUCCAUGUCCUCCUCGAGUUGUGAUUUUGACACAACAAAUCCGACCCUGCUGACUUUUGACAGUCAAAUAUUAAAUUUUUAGAAUAUAUGUAAUAUUGUAAAAAAUAGAGUUGGUUCUGUAGCCGCUUGGCUAGCACUUACCCCCAUGCGCAGGUUUUAGGCAUCAAAAAUUACAAUUAAAAAAUCUUCAAACUUGUUGCUGAGGGUAUUGUUAGAUUUUCUGUGUCAUAAAAAUGCAUCAGUGUGUAUUUCAGCCUAUUUCAUAAAUGUCAAAAACUCCUAUCAAGAGCUUCAAGUGAUUCAAAACAAGAAAAAAAAGGACUAAGUGUAAAUUAAGUACUUAACUGGACUGGCAUUAGUUUUGACCAAAUGCGGUGAAACAAGAGCUCAGCACUGGGUUAGCAGCUGCUGCUGCUGUUUGCCCUGUCUGUGUAUUUUCAAGGUGUUGGCAAAGUUGGUUCUUCAUCCAAGAAUCACAGCAAGAAGCAAAAACUGAAUAAAGAUGGUUUCAUGACUGGUGACUUCUCGGCCUUGUAGUCAGCUGAUGUUUUGCUUCAUGGUUGUUUCUUCAUGCAGGGCUGGCAGGUUUGCAGUGCGUCGUGAACACAACAGUAAGCUGACUUUCACAGUUCCUGCAGGUGCACAGACCAAUGAAGUUCAUGAUGGUGAGUCCUGCAAAUAAGAUGCCAUCUGCAGAUAACAUCAACAUAAACGCUUUACCUCUGGAGGAUUUGAUCCAAAGAGCUAACAUCAUCAUAAAAUACACAAUACAUUCUGUUUUGCACACUAUGUCAUUUAUUUAUUUAUUUUUGCAGAAAAUCUCAAGGCUGGGAAGAGAGUGUACCUUACAGCAAACACUGCGAGGGAACACAUCCACAAACUGUGGGAGAAAGAAGGUGGGUCCAUAAACUACGUGGAUAAUCUUGACAGAGAUCUCUUUCCGGGUGUCUGUGGGCGAGGAACAGGAUUUUUCUGGUCACUUCUUGUAGUCCAAGUUUGAUUUGGCGAAGAUGUAAAUUACUGAGAUUCACUCAAGAGAUUUUCAUCUUCUGGGCUGUUGAUCCAGUUUAAAGAUGCAAAACUCCAUGGCAGCAAAACAAAUAAAACAAAAUUCACUUUUUGCUGUUCAACCAGUUUUGAAAUAUAAUCUCAAAUUUCCCUCCUCUGUCCUCCAGGUUUCUUCUUGAAGUGUCUGUUUUCUGGGCUGCAGGAGGGUGAGAAAGGUUUCUGUCCAGAUCUCUUUUUCCUGGAGCUACUGGUGGUCCCACCAUCAAGGUACUCUGAGAACAAACGCUCACAUAAUACAGCGGUGUGUAAAGUGGAUCUGUAUAAGGUGUCAGUCUAAACCCAUCCAGAGUUUAUUCAGUGGACAUAUACAGUGGGUAUAAAACUCUCCGCACACGCAAAUAUCAGCUUUUUGUUUUGUAAAAAAAUGGAACCGAGAUUAAUAAUUUCAGAAGGUUUUCCACCUCUAAUUUGACCUGGAACCUGAACAAUUCAACUGACAAACAAGUUGAAAACUUUCCGGGAUGGUUGCAUUGUGGAUGCAUUACUGUGUACACCCUCUGAUACCUGGGUAUGUGGCUGUGCUCAGAACAAACCGAUCAGAUUUAAACUCAUGUUUAAGAGGAGUCAGACUCAGUACACACUCGCUUCUGAUCAAACUCAAAGUUCAGCUCCUCUAGUCAACUUCUCCUGACGUUUAUUAGUCUCAUCCACAGAGAACUGUAGAGCAACAUGUUCUAUGGUAUCAGUCUGGAGAGCAGUAGAUAAACCAGGGACCACAGUGAAGACAGUGGAGGAAAUAUAACCCAACAGUGACAGAACCAAGAACCUGACGUCCCUCUAAAACUGAUGAGAAGAAGAUUGGUCAGGGAGGCUGCCAUUAAAGGAGCUGUAGGGAUUUUUGGGAAGUACUACCUGUGAAGAACACAUGAUGACAGUCUCCCAGUCACACCAUUUGAAGUCUUCCAAAAUUAUGUGAGGAAAUGAACUGUGGUCUGAUAAAAAAGAGGUCAAACUUUUUGUCCAGAACUCCAAAAGGUUCAAAAUACUCACAGUGAAUCAUGUAAAGUGCAGCUUCAUGCUUUGAGGCUGUUUUUCUCCAGCUGGAUCUGGGGCCUUAGUCAGAGUAGAGUGAACUAGGAACAGUUCCAAAUACUGGUCAGCGUUGGCACAAAACUUUCAGACUUCUGCUGAAGAGGAACCUUUUCUCUUAGUCUGACAACGACCCAAAGCCAACAUGCAGAUCAACAAAAGAGUAGGUCCACUAGAAGAAGAUUACAUUUUUGGAGCGGCCCAGACCCGAAUCCAACUGAAAACCUGUGGAGUGAUCUGAAGAGGGCUGUGCUCAGGAGAAUCUCACAAUCUGACAGAUUUGGAGCAUUUUUUGCAAAGAAGAGAGGGGGAAGUCAAGAUGUGCCACACUAACAGACCCCAAAAAACUGAGUGCUGUAAUAAAUUCAAAGAUUGAAGUAUUAGUUUCAGAGUGUGCAUAUUUAUACAAAUAUAAUAUUUUAGUUUCUUAUUUUUACUCCUACCAAAAUUAUUUAUAUAUGUAUUUUUUUCAGUUGAAUUGUUCAGGUUUCAGGUCACAUUUAAGGUGGAAGAAGUUCUGAAACGAUUUCUCGUAGUCUCAUUUUUUACGGCACAAAAAGCUGAUAUUCAAAGAGGCUUGUGUGGACUUUUAUAUCUGUGAAAUAUGGACGUUAGUAGACGUUGUUUGUCCAUAAUGCUUGUCCUCUAUCUGUCAGGUAUCGACCUAUCAAUCGACUGGGUGACCAGAUGUUUACAAACGGCCAGACAGUCAACAUGCAGGCGGUAAUGAAGGACUGUGAGGUCAUAAGGAAACUCUUGGCUCUCAUAGCAGGGGAGAAAACUGCUCUGGAGGAAGAGGUAUGAAGCAGCAAGUUUCUGUAGCUGUCAUAUACUUACAGUGACAGAGCGUCCAAACAUGUCUCUUCCUGUAUGUGCAUGUAGAUUCUCAUUCAUUCAGGUCAUGGAUGUCUGUAGAAAAAUGUCUCUUCCUGUCUUUUUCAGGCUCCAGAACAGACAGACCAAACAUUUCUGGCAGGUGUCCAAGGACAGACGUUAACAGAUAAACUCUACAACAUCUGGAUUCAACUACAGGCCCACGUAAACAUUGUGUUUGACAGCGACUUGGACAAACUGAUGAAAGAGAAAUACCCUGGAAUCAGACAGGUAUCAUAUAUGCUCAUGUUGAAAUGUAUUAGUCCUUAAUGUUACUGUUUGCUCACUCCUAAGGAUGCUUCAGCUCUUUUAUUGUUUCCUCUGCUUCUUGACAGAUUUUGGAGAAGAAGGAAGGACUGUUUCGGAAACACAUGAUGGGGAAACGAGUGGACUACGCCGCAAGGUCUGUCAUCUGUCCAGACAUGUACAUUGGGACAAAUGAGAUCGGGAUACCAAUGGUAUGUCUACUUGGGCUUCCCAUACCGAAAUUUUGAUGCAGUAGUAGAUCCCCAGUUCAAUAAGAGUUGAGACACUGUGUACAAGAGUGAUGAAAACAGAAUUUGAUGGUUUGGAGAAAAGACUUAAAAUAACAUUUUGCAGAGAUUACAACCGCAUGGCUCUGUAGAAGAGCUGGUCUGCCUGCAGUCCUGACUUGUCCCCAUUGAAAACAUUUGGAGUAUCAUGACACCAAAAACAGGACAAAGGAGACCCUGAACUGUUGAGCAGCUGAAAUCCUCUAUCAGGCACAACUGGGACAAAGUUUCACUUUUAAACUCCAGAACCUGGUCUCUGUAGGUCCUGAAUGUUUUUUUUUUUUUUUCCGACUUUUUUCAUAGAACAUUUAUGACUGACAGUGUUUAGUACGGCACCAGUUAUAAGAAUACAAAAUGAACAUCAAUCAUCACAUCUGAAUGUUAAUUCCCUCCCUACCCCCACCCAGUGUCAGGCUGAUUACAAAAAAAAAACAAAAAAAACAAAUAAACAGUUCAAACAAAGAAUAACCAAAUACAUUAAGAGAGAAUCAGAAUAUGUACAUAUGUAUAAUAAAAAAAAAUACUAAUCAAGUAAAAAUACUAAAAAGUAAAGGAAUAAUUACUCGUGUCACUCUUCCAGCUCAGAGGACAAAACAAGGGACUGUAUAUAGUUCAGAAAAGGAUCCCAAGUAACAUGAAAUGAUUUGACAGAGCCCUUAAAUGUUAACCUGCGCCUCACGAACCCAGUGAGAAUGUACAGGGGGACUAAGGAGUUUCCAACUGAGGAGAAUCAGUGGACGGGUCAACAGGGUGGUAAAUGCCAAGGCCUGCUUCAAAUUUUUAGGAGCGCCUGCAAAGGGAGCAAUGCCAAAAAUUACAGGCAAACUAUUUGGGGCAAUAACAUAACCGUAUGCCCUAGUCAAUGUAUCGAAAGUGUAUGACCAGAACAACCCCAGUUUAGUACAAGACCAAGACAUAUGAGUAUAGUUUGCAGGAGAUGAGUUAGAUCUGCCACAGGAAUCGCUAAUAGAAGGAUUUAUUCUAGCAAGUCUUGUGUUUGUGGAGUGAAAUCUAAAAAGAACCUUACAUUGAGUCAAGCUCAGAUCCAUGAAAAAUGUACAAGAGAGAGUGCAGAUUCCCACUGCCACUCAGUUCAUUUCAUGUUAAGGCACUCCUCCCACAUGCUUUGGACCUCAGUAAGGGAAGUUAGGUCCCCAGUGUUUAAAGUGUUGAAACACAGGAGAUGCGACACAGUGGAGCUUUUGACGUAAAUAUAAAACAAGCACGUAUUUUUUUUCAGUGUGCUGUCUUUGCCCUAGUUCUAAUGAAAUGAAGGCUUCAAUAAUGAAAUUCUGACCAUUAAAUUCUGUUCAUACCAACAUUUUACACAGCUUCCCAAGUAUUGUGUAAUUGGGCCUCUAUAUUCACACCAGAGCAAGUGUGGUCCAGAGAAGAAACCAGCUCUUCUUCCUGUCUGUAUGUCUGUCUGUCUGCAGGUGUUUGCCACUAAGCUGACCUACCCUCAGCCCGUCACCCCCUGGAACGUGAAGGAGCUCCGUCAGGCCGUCAUUAACGGGCCCAAUGUCCACCCUGGUGCUUCCAUGGUGAUCGGUGAAGAUGGUAGGAAAACCAUUUUGUCUGCCAGCAACCUUGCACAGAGGGAGGCUGUUGCCAAGCAACUGCUGACACCCUGUCCUGGCCCGCACAAGAUGCCCAUGAAGAUUGUAAGUCAGAUGCUACUGUUGUUAUCACAGUUGCUUUAUUAGACCCCGUGAUCUCUCUGGUGUGGUCGGACAGAUCCUGGUCAUUGAAAACGACUUGUCUAAUCCUUUUGUUCAUCCAGGUGAACCGUCACAUAAAGAAUGGAGAUGUGAUGUUACUGAACAGGCAGCCCACCCUGCACAGACCCUCUAUACAAGCCCACUGUGCACGGAUCUUACCUGGAGAGAAGGUCAGGUCUAAUUGGUGUUUGCUUUAUUGAUCCAUUAUAAAAACAAGGUGGAAUAUGAAAGGAAUAAUCUUCAACAACAAACUUCUUGACAUGAUUUGGUGCUUCAGGUACUAAGACUCCACUAUGCCAACUGCAAGGCAUACAACGCUGACUUUGACGGAGAUGAAAUGAACGCACACUUCCCUCAGAGUGAGCUGGGCAGAGCAGAGGCCUACACGCUGGUCAGCACUGAUCAACAGUACCUCGUCCCCAAGGUGAGGAUGUUCACACGCUGUUUUGACAUGAACUACAGCGCUGUCUGCAGUCUAAAGGCUCAUUUAUGCUCGCCACAUGUAUGAAAAUGUACACGACUGUUUCAAACAAUGGUUUCCUACAUACUUCCGUGUGUCGUUUACGUUGGUAUGGAUGUUAACCAUUACAUCCACCAGGGGGCAGGCUGGAGUCAAGUCAAAAAAGACAAAAAGAAACAUGAAAACUGUGAAGGAGUUAAUGAUAAUGUACAUUUUGCAUAGGAGAGAGAAACGGAGGCAGUUUUGGAGGAGGCGGUCGUCAAUCAGGUUGGAGAAUUCUUUUCUCGAGCAGUACCGAAGAAAGAAAUUGAAGACAAUCCUCUGCCAAUGUCUUCUUCGUUUCUCUCUAUACAUGUGAAUUGGGUAGUGACAGCAGCAACACUGCCCCCAUGUUUUCCAGUGGUACUGCUCCGUCUGGCCCGUAUCCUUUAACUUCAAGGAUACGUGCAGAAAUACAGAUGAAAAGAACACUAAGCACGGACUGAGAGCGCCGUUUGUAUCUGGAUCUGUGUUCAACGUUGAGCAUAAAUGAGCCUUAAGGAGACUGUGGUGUUUCUUAGACUUGAAGUGUUUGCAUGUGUCUUUAAUAAAAGGGUGUCUGAUCUGCUGCUGAUCUACACAGAAGAAUGAAAAUACUGUCCAACUAUAACUGAAGCCCAGGGUUAAUCUGCCACAUGAUCAAAAUGUAGUCGUCAGUACAGACAUAGUAUAAACACUUGUACAAAUAUGCUUAUACCGCUGAGCUGCAGGCGGAGACUCUAAUGUAGGAGAACUUGUUGUUAACCCACCAGAUGGACUUUUUAUCCUCUGUCUUCAGGAUGGGAAACCUUUAGCAGGGCUGAUCCAAGACCACAUGGUUUCAGGCACCAGGAUGACGAUACGAGGCUGUUUCUUCACCCGGUUUCAGUACACAGAGCUGGUGUACAGAGGACUGACCGACAAACCGGGCAGAGUCAAACUCCUCCCACCGGCCAUCCUCAAACCACAGCCACUCUGGACUGGGAAGCAGGUAAAGGAAGCAGAGAUAUUUUAUGAGGCUGUGCUAAUCAUGAAAGUAUCAAUCAUUCAUGUUCAGUUUGACUUAGUUCCAUUUGAAGCUCAUAACUUUGGUGUUUUUUGUCUAGGUGGUAUCGACCCUGCUGUUGAAUGUGAUCCCAGAGAAUGCUGUGCCUCUCAACCUAGUGAGCAAAUCAAAAAUCCCCAGCAAAGCCUGGAUCCAAGUCCCAUCCCGAAGCGCCCCAGGAUAUAAACCUGACAGCAUGUGCGACUCACAGGUACAACACGUGCACUCACAAACACACAAAUACACACUCAGAGCUUGAUGUCUUGGUGGUGGUGAGUGAAAAUGGCUUCUCUUCCAUUUCUCUAUUUACCAACCCCUCUUCUUGUCCUUUGUCCUUUGUCUCCCAGGUGGUGAUCCGUCAUGGGGAGCUGUUGGUGGGGGUUCUGGACAAAGCUCACUAUGGCUCCUCAGCCUAUGGUCUGGUGCACUGCUGCUAUGAGCUUUAUGGAGGAGAGACCAGCGGGAAACUGCUCAGCUGCUUGGCACGACUCUUCACUGCAUACCUGCAGCUGUACCGAGGUUUUACUCUGGGUAAGAAACCCCCCACUACAGUACAACUUUAAACAUCUGCAUUCUUUGGAAUACUUGCCGGCUUUGAAUGCUGUGUCUCAAACUUGUCUUGGUUGUGUCCAGGGGUGGAGGACAUUCUGGUGAAACAGGGAGCCAACAAGCAAAGGAAAAAAAUCAUCAAGCACUCACUGAAGAUCGGCACAAAAGUGAGUUAGAAGAACAGCAGGUUUCUCCUGAGUGUUAUUCUAACGAAGUUCAAUUACAGAUCAAUUCACUUCUUAUACACUGUCAUACAAAGCACACUUUCCUGUUCCAUAUUCUGGGCUUCACUCAGAAAAUGUACUCUAGUCCAGCAUCAGACCUCAUCAGAUUCAUGGACGACAUCAGUGUGAGUGAGAGGAGAGAGUUUGUCACAAACUCAAGACCUGAUAAAGAGUUUCCUCUGUAUUUACGUGGCUUUGCUGUGUGCCUUCAGCCCUUGAUGUAAAAUGUUUUGAUGUCAUAAACAUUUAGAUAAGUCCACACACUGAGUGCAGCUUUUAAGUUACAUUAGCAAGACAAAACGUCUCUUUAAAAUCACAAGGCGUCAUUGGCGGCUAAGUUUGUUGUCUGAAUAACAACUCGAGAGGUGUGUACCCUCCAAACCGGUGGUUGGCUGUAUUUGAGACGUGCACCUGCAGCAGUUUCCAAGCAGUAGACUGUAUCUGGUGCCCCGCCCACAAAAACAAAAAUAGAGACAAAUAGUUUGUCGCUGAUCCACAGAAAAUUGAUGUUCAGUUCUGCAGCCUUGUCAAAUUCAGUGCUUCCUCUUCCAUGGAUGCCACUGGCCCAAAUGGCUGCUACAGUGAGGAUGUAGUUCAUGGGCCUCUGUGGUGCUCCAACAUGACCACAGGGGAUAAAUAUGUACUACAUACAAACAUAUACAGGACGUGUGUAUUAAAUUAAAGGUGAAAAGAGUGCUUUUGCUCUGGAGGUGUCAUAAAAAGGUCUUGGUAAGACUUUUCGAAACAUUUGUAAUCUGUUUAUUGAUUUAUAGGCAUAUUUGUGUGUUGCUUUAGCUUUUCAUCCAAGUGUUCCCAGAGAGACUGAAGACAGGGGAGUUUCUGUAACCAUAUGAGACACAGCAACCAUCUUUACGUGUGCAAAAUCUCUUAAUCCGAUAAAAACUUAGAGGGAUUGGAAAAUCUGAAUCCACUGUUUAUAUGUAAACAGUGAAACAGUGGAAACAAUUUAUAUUUAUAAAAUUAAGUCAUCCAUUAAUCUGUUAUUAGGGAUGGGUGAUAUGGGCUAAAAAAUUUAUCAUGAUAAGAUUUGCUAUUCUGACGAUAACGAUAAAAGUCUGGAUGAAAAAUAUUAUAAUACCCAUCUAUAUUUUUGACUCAUUUAGUCUUGAGAACACCAGUUGGAGUAGUCAAAUAAGCUACUUAACCUCAAGUUUAGGUGGUAGGUUAUGGAGAAAACUAAUGACAUAAGAAAAUAUUUUCAACAUUUUUUCAAAACUCUUAUUGCACAAAGUGAACAGCAGCAGCAGAUCCACUGUCCACUGUCAGGCAUACCUGAUUUUACUCAUCUAAACCCCAGUCUUAAAGGAAAUCCCUCAUGUGGAGCCUCGUUCAGUAACAAGCUGCUCAGAAACGUCUUCUUCAUGACCUUCAGCCGUGUUUGUUUGUUAUUCUGCUCUGUGUGAGCUACGGCUGCAAGUCCAUCACUUGCACUUAUGUCAUCAACUUGCAUUUAGAGAGUCACGAUCAGAAUAAGUGUUUACAUGGACGCAGUUCGGAAUAACGAUCGUCAAAAACCACCUCUUUGGAUUGGAAUACAGUUUCUUUCCAAUAGAGCCCAAUUGGAUCAGAAUUUUCUGACCGACAUGUUUAAAUGACGCAUUUUUAUUCCACUCAGGCCUUUAUUCUGAUUAUUUGAGCCCAUGUAAACACAGCUAUCGUCUCUAUUGAAACUGCUUUUGGGUGGGGCGAGAACCGAACAUUUUUUAUUUAGGCGUCAUGACUUUGGAUACACAAUAGCUGGCAGUUUUACCAAGAAACCAAAAAAUGCAAAAACACUUCCAGAAAAGACUUUAUUAAACAGGACUGCUGAGAACAUGUGCAGGUCAUAUCGAAGAGUAGGGACACACACACACACAUACAUGUAGAGGCACAACAGCUUUCUUUAGGGUGAAAACCUCAGCACACCAUCCGCCAUGAAGAUACACCAGUUAAUAAAAAGCACCUGAGCGAGGAGGAAGGACUGAGCUCACGGCUGUGAGAGAAAUGCAUAUUCACCAAACGAGUCUCCAACACAAGGAACCAAAGAAAGAAAGACACUAAUCAGAGAAAAAAGGAUAGACCAGAAUACACCACUACCUGCAACAUGUAAAACCAAAUAACAUCACAGUCAGUCCCCAAAACAACAGUAGUAAAACAGGAGUUAGAGUAAAGAAAAGACAGAGAGUUUAAUAUUAAUGUCGGCCCUUCUUUAUGAAUACAUCUUGAGGAUAAAGGUUCAAAGUGCUUAGAUCUGAAAUAAGAUACAAAAUGUCUUCCUUCCUGUCUCUCAGGCUCUUCAGGCAGCUUUCAAUCUGCCCCCCAAUGUGGAUCAAGAUGAAGCGAGGGGCCGCUGGCAGGAUGCUCACCUCAAUCCAGACCAGAGAGACUUCAGCAUGGCCGAUCACAAGUUUAAAGAAGUGGCCAACCAAGUGAACAAUGACAUUAACAAGGUGAAGCACCACUGCAGCCGGGAGUGCUGACGUACACAGUUCAGUGACUGAUGAGGAACUAUAUGUCUGAUGACACUAAUGCGAACACAUUCGUUCAGGGCUCAAACACGCACACCUAGCUUCAUCACUCUUUGCAGCUUCAAAAACAAACAAUGAUGAUGAUGAUGAAGAAAGAUUGUGGUGUUUCUGCAGGUGUGCAUGCCCAUCGGACUCCACACCUCUUUCCCAGACAACAACCUGCAGCUGAUGGUCCAAUCAGGAGCGAAGGGCUCUACUGUUAACACCAUGCAGGUACCGCACGCACGCACACACACACACACACACACACAAAACAGUGUUUAGAAAAUAGAGGGUUUCUUGUGAAAUCCUUUCAUUAAAGUUCAUUUAAGUUUGAGUGCUGCAGUUUUUAACAAGUUACACACACGACCUCCUGCUGUUAGGACUCUAGAAAGGCUAACUACAAUUCGCUGUUCAGACAUUUGAUCUGACAUGCAAGUCACCAUAAUGUUAAUCCCGCAGCUCGUUCCACAGACUGAACCUGUACUACCUGUACUGAGCAUACAUGUGGUAUAAUCACUGGUCAUGAUAUGAGUCUAGUUUGCCAGUGUAAGGCGGAGGCAGGAAUUAUUUUGGGUUUAAAACCUUUGUGAAAAUCAACGCACUUCACUGGAUGCAAACUACCAGGCAGGACACAUUGUCCACUGCAUAAAAACGUGUUUCGUGACUAUGUCAAGACAUUUCUGAAAUGUAAUCAAGAGGCUCCCGGUUACCCCUCUCACGUCAAAACAGGGGCUGACUUGUUGGGGAAGUGCCACACUUUGUCAAUAAGCACCACCUGGUACCAUUUUUUUAACAACCUUUUGGAGCUCGAGCGAGACCCAUACACCUGAAAGCUGCCUCUCAUUCAGUGGCUUGGUCUAACUCUUCAGCAAAAGUAUGGCAUAGUGGGAACAUGAGUUUUUUAUGACACCUGUAGGGGAGGACCGGGUGAAGAAGACGUCUGGGUGGGAGCACAGUGCAUUUCAACAAAUACUUAUCCAAGGAUUUAAAAUCCCUUAGGAUAAUCUGUGGAUGACUGACUGGAUAUGGUUUCUUGGACUUCAUUAAUGGAUACAGGCUUGUGAAGUCAAAAUAAAGAAUGACUUCACGAGAGCCGGUCAUGUGGUACAACUUCAUGGCAUUGGUGCGUCCGCCAAAGAUAGUCUGUCACGGAUCAAGACAUUCAGGGGCUUCGUACGUGGCUAAAAAUGAUUGGACAGCUGGGUCCGUAUUGGUCAGCUCUGCCCAUUCUCACUCCCACAUCACAACAACGCAUAGACCAAAACUGUUCUCCAGAGCAGCGACCUUGUUCAUAAAUGAACAAUACAGCUCACUGUGGCCUAGAGCAACAGGAUUGAUAUCUGACUGGACAUGACACCUGACACAACAGUGAAAAAAAUAACCUGCAAAUUCAUGACACGUCUUGGUGACUGCAUUGUACCCGUCUACAAAGUACUUUCCCACUUUGUGUUCACCGAGAUUGCAUGCGUGCUGGAUCACGAUGUUUUCUGUGUGGGCCAAGUAUCCCAGCCACCGCAUGGAGACCUCAGAGUACAUUCUGUUCUGACUCAUGUACACCCCCUCGUACGUAAGCGCCAGAGUGUCUUGGGCUAGAAACAGCAUUUUAAACACCCCCAUACAGCUAGACGUGAGAGUGGUAAAGGAGAAGGGAUCGAGUUGUUGACAACCCAGAAAUGGGGCUGUGAGAAAGAGGAAGCUAGUAGGUGACAAACACAGUCACUGCGUCCUGUGCUCUGAGACACAUCGUCUACUCUAAGUUGACAUCUAGCUGCUAAAUGGGAUCAAAAGCUUGUUUACCAACAUAUAAUGGAUAUUAUGUCGCCUCAUGCCAAAUUACCGGAUUUAACAUCACAGGAUGUGGCGUCAGUGACAUUUCACCCAAAUGUGACAUCCAUUCCCACCAUCACACCUGGAUGUGACGUCUGCCCCCACCCCCCAAAAAAUAAAUAAAUAAAUAAAGUAGGGGCUAUAUACUACUGACACAGCUCAAGGAAGAACAUUUAUGAUCAUGUGUACACUGUGUAUUGCUAUCCUGCUGAGUCGGCAACAUUCAUCUCUCGACCGGGUGUCUAACUCUGUGUUAUGGUGUGUUUGACCCUAAAUAAAUUUUACGCUCUAACAUCCCUUUAAAACUUUAACAGCCACUAACCUAGUAACAACCACAGUAUAUCGGAGCAGAGUGCACAGUGUAUUAGUGUUAAAAAAAUCUGCAGCCUUGUCAAAUUCAGUGCUUCCUCUUCCAUGGAUGCCACUGGCCCAAAUGGCUGCUACAGUGAAGCUGUAGUUCAUGUGCCUCUGUGGUGCUCCAACAUGACCACAGAGGAUAAAUAUGUACUACAUACAAACAUAUACGUGUGUGUGUGUGUGUGUGUGUGUGUGUGUGUGUGUGUGUGUGUGUGUGUGUGUGUGUGUGUGUGUGUGUGUGUGUGUGUGUGUGUGUGUGUGUGUGUGUGUACUCAUCAAUUAGCUGAGGCCCGUUUCAGGAAGGAGGUUCAACAAAGUCUGAGUGAAAUACUACACUCGGAGUUGAUUUACCUGUAGAUGGUGUUUUUGGUUCUUGAAACAGCUGAUUUUUUUUUAUCAACACUUGGUAGGGUCAUCAAAAGUUCUGCAUUUGCUCCAUGACCGUUUUAAUGUAGCUCCAAGUUACCAUGACAACAGCUGGAAAAAUGUCAUGCCAUGUCUGACAUGUGUUUUCUAUUGGUUAGUAUGUUACUAUACAGACUUAUUGAAUGGAAGAAGGACUGACUCUGAGUUUCUGUCUCUGACAGGAGGUACAAACAGAAAAAAUCUGUUUUUAAUUGAAGUGGACCUUCACCUGACUAGGUUAGGUUUAUAGACCGAGAUAAAAUAGUAACUGAUAAAGAAGUCAAGUUACCUGUCUUUCUGGAACAGGCUUGAGUUAACCUCUCUGUGCUGUGUGUGAGGCCCUGUCCUCUUUGAAACAAAAAGCUCAAAGUUUGCCUUAUUUCAGGGUUUCAACUUAACCAACUCUCUGAGUUAUUUCAGUUGUCACAGGAACUUUUUUCAAGCUGUUGCACCUCCGCUUUAUCAUCUCUUAGUCCUUGAGGGUUUAAAAUUCAGUAAGAUUUUACUCUUCUAAUCUAUACGGGGUCAUCUUUAAAUAGAUGCUCAAGAUUCAAACAAAAAUAAUCCUUUAACUUUGACAAAGCUGCACAAACGAUAACAUGCUCAUACCCAAACCUGUCUCUGUAUUUGUGUGUUUCAGAUUUCAUGUUUACUUGGGCAGAUUGAGUUGGAGGGUCGUAGACCUCCUCUAAUGCCUUCUGGGAAAUCUUUGCCAUGCUUCCAACCAUAUGACCCUUCCCCUGGUGCAGGGGGCUUUGUUUCAGGAAGGUUCCUCACAGGCAUCAAACCACAGGUACUCAAAGAAAGCUCACUCUCUGUUUGUGUGUGUUAAAAUAGAUAGUUGUAUAGAAAUUCCACUUCCAACCCUGACUGUGUCUAAUCCAUGUUUAGGAGUUUUUCUUCCACUGUAUGGCCGGCAGAGAGGGACUGGUGGACACAGCUGUGAAAACCUCCAGAUCAGGAUACUUGCAGAGGUAAACCUCAGAGCUCAGUCACUCAGAAAAAGCUGCUGUCCUGUUUGGAUGGUCGUAUACACUGGGGGAUUGAAUUAUUUGAUCUCCUGCAGAUCUUGUUAGUUUUCUCGAUUAAAAAGAAAUAAGCAGCCUUUACUUUAUAUGCUACUUUUGUUUUAUCAAAUCAAAUCAGACUCUAUUAAAAUGCACUUUUCAUGCAAAAAGAAAUGCAGCACAAAAUGCUUUACAUGUUGAAAACAUGGAUAAAAGCCUUAUAAUCACAAUUUAAAGACCACUGAGAACAAUUUUAAUGAUUAAAAAAAAAACAAUUGGGUGGGACUGAGCUGUCCUAAUCCCUGCUCAUUAUAGGUACAAACAACACCUAACAACAAAACCACUCCUUUACCACCAUGGGCAAGACAAAAGAACUUUCAAAGGAGGCCAGGGACAAGAUUGUAGACCAACAUAAGGCAGGGGUGGGCUACAAGACCGUCAGUAAGAAGUUUGGCAAGAAGGAAACACCUGGUGGUGUAAUUAGGAAGUUGAUGAUUGAAAAAAUUCAUCCAGAGAGCUUUUUAUUUUUCACUUAAAGUAGUGACUUUUUUGUUGACCAAGAAUAAAGUGCGACUUCAGCCCUCAGACUCCUUCCUCCCUCUGACCCUCUCACUCUCUUCUCUGCAGAUGUGUCAUCAAGCAUCUGGAGGGUUUGGUCGUUCAGUAUGAUCUGACAGUCAGAGACAGCGAUGGAUCUGUGGUCCAGUUCCUGUACGGUGAAGAUGGGCUGGAUAUCCCCAAGACCCAAUUCCUGCAGCCGAGACAGUUUCCCUUCAUAGAGAACAACUACGAGGUUAGACUUAGCAGAAACACUAUCACAGGGUUGUUGUGUGUACAGAUAGGUCACUUUGGUGAAAAUUUGACAACUAAGAAAAUGUUGAAUUUCAAAAAAUUCCAGGCUGAGAACAACAUUUAAAGGCCACCAACUAUGUUGUUCAAAGGAGCACGAGGGGGAGCAAAAUGUGCUUCAUAUCUGGGCACCUUUACCCCAAACUGUUUCCAAUUACUUCACCGUGAGUUAAACAGAAGCUCAAAAUUCAGCUUUGUGCUUCAUUGAUUAGAUUAACGAGACCUGAGCAUCAUAGAAGGAGCUAAACAGCCACUAAACUUGAUCUGCUAAAAGGUUCAAAAUGAUUCAGUCGUGCCCCCGGAGUUUGGAUGAACUUUACAAGCGCUGACUCUUUGUAAAAGGUGCACAGCAAGUGCACAGCAGGUGCACAGCAUGUGUUACAAUUUACUCGAACCUUCUGUUUGCACCACUCCCAAGGGUAUACACACAACCAAAUCAGAUGACUUUGUUAUUUCCGUCACACAGACGUUAGGUUUACAAUAAAUGCUGACCGCAGUAUCAACCACGGCUGCUGAAAACAUGCAGUGUUGUGUUAGACAUCCUGUUGUUUUUUAAGCUCCUGUUUGAAAGUCUAUGUAAGGGACUGUACAGCCUCUGUGGAAGAAGCGUUUGUCUCACUGCUCUCUUAAUAUUAUCUCCCCGUUGUUCUAAAAGGUAAAAAAAAAACAAGCAUCUCUUGAAAGUCCCACUCCAACCUUUUUUUUUUUUUUUUUUUACCACUGAAAGUGUUCUCAGUGGUCUUUCAAAUUGUGAUUAUGAAGUUUUUAGCCAAAAUCAUGUUACCUUUGUCGUUUUCAAGGGCUUUUCUCCUGCAGAGCUCCAGUAGCUCAUUAGUAAUUCACCUCUGAGUCGUGGGCGGAGACAGCACUGCUCUGCACCCUCCUCUUUACGCUAGCUUGUAGCCUAACAUUAUCAGUAUAGUAGAAGUAACAGGUAACAUAGGAGCUGUUCUGCUCUCUGACACUAAUGUCUUUGGGGACAUGAUGAGGUUAAUAUCAUAAUUUUCUCUUUUAUGAGCACUUCAGUUCGCAUACACACACGCUUGUUUGGCGAUUAUCCUCUCUACUUUUCUGAGCCUGGCCUGCAUAGCGGGGCUGAGGGGGCGGACAUUGGAUUUGAUACGUAGGAAAUCUCACUGUUUCCGAACCUGCCAUUUGGGUCUGCCAGAAAUUCACAGCGAUUUGGAUGCAGAAAUACUCAGAAAUGCAAUUUCGCACUUACUUUUCUCAUGAUGUGUCCUGUAGCAUCAGAAAAAUGCCAUAUGAACAUGUAGACAACAAGAAAACAUGAUUUUCACUGGAGCGGGUCUUUAAAAAAACUGUAAAAAAAAAGAGGUCUUUAUUAAACUGGCUAUUUCAUAACAGUGCAAACAACAUCCAUUCAGAUAGUUUGAUGGUUGACAACUCAAAUGUUGCAGGUGGUCGUGUAUUCUGGUGUCUCCUUUCUCAGUGCCCGUUUUUCUGAUUAGUGUCUUUCUCUCUUUCUUUGGUUUCUUGUGUUGGAGACUCAUUUGGUGAGCUCGGUCCCUCCAACCUCAGGUUCUCUUUAAGUCGUGUAUCUACGUGGCUGAUGGUGUGCUGAGGUUAACACCCUGAAGACAGCUGCUGUGCCUCUAUGUGUAUGUGUGUGUGUGUCCCCACUCUUCUACAUGACCUGCAUACGCUCUCAGCUGUUUUAUCAUCAAAUAUCCUUUCUUUUUCUUCAGAGCACUUCUGAACUUCUGACAUAACAGAUUCUUGUAUCCUUAAUGAUGUUCUUUUCACAUUCAAUAAUAUAACGUAGAAGAGGAUACUAACACACAUAAAAAUCUCUGCAGAAAGUUGAAUUUGAACGCAGCAAAAGUUGAUUCUUUUUGGCAGGUAAAGACAGUAAAAGGAUCUGAAUCAAGCUGUGAGUGGUCUCCUGUAAGGGUUGAAAACCCAGUCACACUUUCAGGAGUCCAUAGGUCAAGAAACACACCCUUGGUCAAUUCCCUAACAAUCUGCAGAAAGCAGUUGAGUCGUGGCACUGAGACACUCCCAGCACACCGGAGUCGUUCUGUCAGCACCUCUGAGUUGUAAUUUUGAGAAGUUCACCAGCCACACAGCUCUGGGGUUUACCACUGUCUCACAGAGCGCACUGUAAAUCCUUUCUCACCAUCUUUAGUCAACUUCUGCUGGCAGCCACCUAGUUUCUCUGUACACACACAAAUCUUUACCAACAUAUGCUCGUAGUUCAUGUCCUGGACUUGUCUGUGUGUAGUGGUUCAUGAUGCUCCUCAGUCUCACUCUACUCCUUGUGAAGCGCCUGUAAGUUCUUGAAUCGACCUUGUUUGAUGAUACUCUCCAGGCUGCUCUCAUCCCUGUGUCUUGCUCUGCUUUUCCUCCCUCACUUUACAUUCAGUCCAUGAAUCUACUUCUUACAGACUCUGGGACUAACCAGACUUUUCAACAGGGACCCUCUGGGGCUGACCCUCCUGGACUACUGUCAGUCAGCAGUCUGCACCAUGAUUGUAGUUGUGUGGACUGAGCAAGACUUAGAGACUUUGCAAAGUUAAUCAGCUGAUAAGAGAUCUUUUCAGGACUGACAGACCUAACAUAAAAAAUGACCUUUGCACAAUUUUCUGAUGUUUGAAGGAAGUGGAUGUUUGAUUUUUGUGGGCUGUAAACAUCAAGAUUCAAACAAAAAGUUUCGCAAUAUUUCACUUUGUGUGUGAUAAAUCUAAAAUUUGUGUAAGUUUCACUUUUUAAAUUCAAUUUUGGGGAAAAAAGAACUUUUUGGGACAUUUUUAGCUGCACCUGUAUUUAUUUUAAACUUUUUUUAAGUCACAGUUGAAAAUGAAGUUCCUCUACUCUUCACCCUGUUGCAUAUGUCGUUAAAUAUAAAGACUGCAAAGACACUACACUUAGGCACCAUAACUCACUUAUAAGUUAAAGAGCAGAGCAUUGAAAACUUGGCCUUUUCAUGCUGUCACUUGUCUUGUUCCUUCUUCUUAAAAAAGACUGCAUAGAAACACAGUUUCCUGGUUGAUGGUCUGGUCUGUGUAUGUAGGUCAUAAAGAAGCAUCAGUUCUCAUUUCUUUCUACUAGGAGGAGGUUUUAGCAUGUAACAAAUUAAGAUAAAGACACUCCUUUAUUUCCCAUUGUGGAACUAAUAAAGGAGAAUGGUAUCUUAUCAUAUUUUGCCACAUGCUAAAACCUCUUCAUAGCUGCUCCAAACUGCAGCUGAGCUGAUGACAGAUAAAUAACUCCAUGGAAGAAUGCAUAAACAGUACACAAUAUGUAAAGACAGAGAGACAUUGUUAUGGGGAAGGUUUUAGCUCCUUUUACUGACUGCAUCUCAUCCAGCUGUUAAUUACUGACUGUUUGAAAGUGGAGGUUUCAUCAAAUAAAGCUUAUCUUUCAGCUGUUGUCAAUGAACAAAAGUAUUUCAGUCUUCCAUAAUAAAAAUCCCUCUCUUGUCUGCGCAUGAAACGUGGAGCAGACACCAGAGGGCUGCAGCAGCAGCAGCAGCAUGUGAUCUGCUCUCACAGUAACUCUAUUGUUUGAUUCGGUUUUAGGCAAUGAACUCUUUCUUUCAUUUUGAGACAACAGUGAUCACACAACUGCUCAGAACAGGAGGGAGGCCGAAAUGUUAAACCGUGUUUAGUGUUUCUAUAACAAACUUUACUUUCUUCUCCCUCGACCAACAUAUUCGUCUUCCAUCUCCUGUAAAAGUGCCUGACAUCAAUGAACUUAGCAAGCUGUGGAGUUGGUAGUGGUGCUCCUGUUACUGGUUUACUUUUUUAGUGAAAGUUCAGUUCUGUAUUUUCAUCAGAACCAGCGCAAGGGCACUCUUUGAGCUGAAAACAAUGUUCAUGUCUCCAGUGUUUGAAUAUUUUUGAAACACCAAUGAGCUUGUUUUUCCCGAAUAGUCAAAAACACUCAGCCUUUUCUACUUCUUUCUUAGGUUAUCAAGAAGUCACAGGACCUGGACAGUGUUCUGGCACGUCUGGAUCCUCAGUCUGCCGUUCAACACUUUGAAGCCAUCAAGCGCUGGAAAGCUAAGAGGGAGACAGCAGAUCCAUGGAGAGGUAGACAACCAACUUUGACUCUUGGUCUUAGGAACUGUAAAUGUGUUCAAAAUUUUUUUUAAAAAAAAGCUCUGAUUUGUUCUUUGAAAGUGUGUCAUGCAUCCUUCCUUUUUAUAUUUUUGUUGGUUUCAGGAGCUUUCCUGCUGUUCUCCCAGAAAAAGUUGGCUAAACUGAAAGAGAUUGAGCCGAGCGCUGAGCCACAUGUUGACGGCAGGGACGCAACUACACUGCAGGUAAUUUUCCUGCAGGAAACAACUUAUUCUUUACAAUAUAUGUCAGUUUAAGUUAGAAAAUCCAGCCUGAGGUGAUCUAGAAACAUGACUAACCAAACUGUCCUUUACACUGACGACCUGCAGCUCAUAGAGCAGUGGCGUUCUUUGGAUGAAUCCAGCAGAUCCAAAUACAGCCGGAGGUCCUCCCGUUGCCCUGAGCCCUCUCUGGGGUUGCUCAGGCCAGAUGUCUGCUUCGGAUCAGUAUCUGAGAACUUCCAUGACAUCACAGAAAAAUACCUGCAGAACAGAACAAGUCAAGACAGCCUGGAUUCCCAAAGGUACUGAAUGUCUGGGAUUUCACAGUCUUAAACCUAGUUUCCAGCUAAAAUCAGUCAUAACAGUCAUACCACAGCAUGUAGAAAUCUAAAAGAAGUAAGAAAAGUAGAGUUGUAAAGUCAAAGUAUCCACCUUUUUAAAGUGCAUUUGGAUGAAAUGACAAAAACACUCCAGUUUAUUUUGGGCCUCAGAGAGCUUUUUUAAGCAUCUAGGUUAUGUCCUGCUGUCGGAAUUAAAGGAGAAUUUCCACCAAAAUUACAAAAACACUUUCUAAAAGAGGUGGCAGCCUGAGCUUGGAUCUGAGCGAGCACGUUUACAAACAGCAAGGCUGAAGGAGUGUGAUGUGUGAUAUCUCUCUCUCUCUAUCUGUCUGUUUAGCCUCCGUCAGCUGUUGCACUACAAGUGGCAGCGGUCACUGUGUGAUCCAGGUGAAGCAGUGGGUCUGCUGGCUGCUCAGUCCAUUGGUGAGCCCUCCACCCAGAUGACCCUCAACACCUUCCACUUUGCUGGCAGAGGAGAGAUGAACGUCACCUUGGGGAUACCUCGGUAGUGUUACCUUACACAUAACUCAUCCUUUACCUGUACAUAUGAUUCUAUUACCGGUGCUGGGACAGCCUGUUUUUUUUCAAGUGGGCUUUAUUUAGACUAUUUAGACAAACCUGUCUUUAAAUAGUCUAAGAAUAAUGGCUGACUUUGAUGGUUUGGUGCAUUGCAAAUAUGAAAUUAAAAAAAAUUAAAGAAGUUUGCCUUGCAAUUGCUCUCAUUUAUCCACCUGCUGAAUCUUCAUGUUUUCUCCAUCCUCACGUCAUCAUGCCUCUUUGUGUCGCAGACUGAGAGAGAUCCUGCUGGUGGCCAGCUCCAGUAUUAAAACUCCCAUGAUGACGGUUCCAGUCCUGAACAACAGAAAAGCUUUAAAGAGAGCCAAGACACUUCGAAAGCAGCUCACCAGAGUCUGUCUGGCUGAGGUCUCUGUCUUUGCUUACUUUCAUCAUCUGACAUUUCCUUUGGCGAGACUUUGGUUUUCAUUUUCAUCCAUUUGUAGCUCACAUAGCUGUUGGAAGUUGUACUUGUCUGAAUUUUCCAGUUUCAGUUGCCUUUUCUCCCCUCACUAUUGUUUUCACUCUGUUCACAUGUGCAGGUACUGCAGAGGGUGGAUGUGGUGGAGACAUUGCAGAUUGAGAAUCACUCCAAGUUGCGGAAGUUUAAAGUUACCUUCCACUUCUUGCCUCCUGAGCGUUACAGUGAUGAAAAGCUGCUGUCACCUCAGCAGAUCCUCCACUACAUGGAAACCAGGUUUGUUUGUUUGUUUGUUUGUGUGUGUGUGUGUGCGUGCGUGCGUGCGUGCGUGCGUGCGUGCGUGCGUGCGUGCGUGUGUGUGUGGUGCAGGAUUUGUGUAAAGAGUGCAUGUCGCUGAGCCCCUUGACUGUAAACACAUGUUAGAUUCUUAUUCUUUAAAAGGAUAUUCUGGCGUAAAAUUAAGUUAGGGUUAAACACACCGUAACACAGAGUUAGACACCCCCCCGAGAGAUGAAUGUUGCUGACCGCUUGCUUCUCUAGUUGUACCAACUUUAGUAACGACCGCACAAUAGCAAUCCACAGUGGUCUAUGUCUCCACAUUCACACCUCAACCAAAAAGUCACUCUAUUGCCACAAAUAAUGCUCAGAAAAGCACCUAACUUCAUCAACAGGAUAUAUAGGGUCCCAGCCAUAGUACUAGCCAUCAAACAUUUUUUUUUAGCUUUGCCUGAUUUCUUUAGCAAAGAGACUAAACACAACUUACCCACUCUCCUCCAGUAGCCACUUGUUUGUACGGAGACCUCAGAAAAAUCGAUCACCGAGUGCAGCGGAGUUUCACAGUUCAAGGAAGAACAUGGCCUACAUUAAACCUCUUAUCUUCAUCUUCAUCUUUCGUGGUGGCUUGUUCUUGCAGGUUUUUCCGUCUUCUCCUUGAAGCCAUUAAGAAGCGUAAUGCUAAGUUGGCUUCCAUUGCCGUGGAAACAAGGAAGGCCACCCUCAGCGAUAAGGACGAGACCGGUGAUACAGCAGCUGGCGCAGCAGAGGUGUGUCUUGGAAUGGCUUCAGUUCACUCCAGUAUUUACAAAAUUCUUUGGGAGUAGAGUUGUGGCCCUCCGUAAUGAUACUUAUUCUUCUUUCUUUUAAUAUUUCUUUAUCCCUUAUUAGAUGGAUGAUGGGGAUGGAGCCGAGGAGAAAGACUUCAUAGAUGACCAAGGGAAUGAAGGAGACGCCGAUGCUUCAGAUGCCAAGCGCAGAGACAAACAGGAAGAAGAGGUAUAUAGACCAGUGAAAUACUAAAAGGUUUUCAUUCUUUUCAAAGAAAUAUUUCAGCUCCAGUCUUAACUUGAUCACAUGGAGGAGUAUGGAGGUAUUCAAAAUAACUUUACUCAAAUAGAUAAAAUGAAGUUACUUGCACAGCUCUUCAUUGGAGUCUGCUGAAUUCUUUCUUAGAACAAAGCCGUCAGAAGGUAAUCUGUAUUUGAUUAUUAAAUAACAUCUUGUUUCUGCCAAUAUUUGCUCUUCAGUGCCUCGACCUGUUUCACUCUCUCACUGCUCAGAUGGUGUCUGUAUGUAAACUGUAGACCAGCUUAUAUUGUAAAGACGAUUGUUUCCUGAUCAGACAAACCUCUGAAAAUGUUCAAACCAACCAAAGCUGAGAUGGAAACAUGAACAUGGACUGAGUCAGAAUUCAUAUAGAAACAUAAUUUGACUGUUCAGAUAAUGUUGGGUUAAGCAGAAUAUAAUCCAGAAUCUUCCUGCCCUUUUUUGUGAGUGUCUGUGCAAACACAUUUACAUGUAAAUGAAACCAUCAGACCCUGUCUUCUAAAGUCCCUGGGCCAUUAAAAAGUACUACCUGAGCUGGGGCUCUUUAAGGGGGUAGAUCUUUGACCCCCAGAGCUAAAUUUAGACCUUAGUUCCUGCGGUUGAGACAUACACAGUUCCUCAAAUAGUCCCUGGUUCCUGGGGAAAAGUCCUUUGUUAAAGACCAUUUUUGGUCACUUCACAGAGCUCCAUGAUCAAGUGAACUAACCCAGUCAGAAGUGAAACACCUUUAUUUCUGUAAAAACUCAUAGUCGAUUUGAAGGUACCUUGUGAACUGAUAAUUUGCUUUUAAGAACAGGCCCCUGAAAAUGUGAGGUUUCGCAGAUCCAGUUGUAAAGUUGUAUUAACAGGGCAGUUUUAUCUGUCCGUAUGAAUAAUGGUGGUCUCUGCUCUUCUUCGCAGGUGGACUAUGAGAGUGAGGAGGGGGAGGAGGAGGAGCUGGAGGAGGAGCAGGAGGAUGGAGAUGUUAAAGGGGAGGAUAAAGAGCACCAAGAGGAGACUGAGCACAAGGACGAUAAAGAGAGCACCCUGGAGGAGUCAGUGCCACAGUCCACAGUACUGAGAUCUGAGAAGAAGAAGAAGCGAUCGAAGGGAGCAGGUGGAGAAGAGCGAGAGGACAGUGUGAACCAGAUGAGGGUGAACUCUGUUCUGCAAACCAACACAGCUAUAGAGGGAUACCUCUAUGACGUCCAGCAUGAACUCUGGUGUGAGGUGAGUUUUUAGGUCCUAUUUAUUAGGGUACAAAGUUUUACUAGUUUUCACAUUUUCACACAGUUUAGUCUACAAGUAACAUGGAGACAACCAGUUUUUAACAAGUAAUCCAGUGAACCAAAACAAAUACAAAUAAAUAGCAUUACCAUUAGGGACUCACGUCUCCAUCAAUCAUUCUUUCAUUUCUUAUCAGGUCCUUUUCAUUGUCUUUUCCAAAUCUAUGCAUCUGACAGUUUCAGACUGUGUACCAGUUUUUCAUGAUGUCGAAACCUCCAAAGUCCAAUUAGGUUUGGAUGCUUCUGUAAAACAUGAAUAAAAACAAAAUACAAUGAUUUUAAAAUCCUUUUCCAACUAAAUUCAACUGAAUAUUUUAUGUUCAAACUGAUAAACUUGAAAGUUUUUCUGCACGUGUUCACUCAUUUUGAAUUGGAUUAUAAAUGUAUCAUUUUGAAUCUCCAUCCUUCUCUAAAGUUUACUACAAUGGGAUUCCAUGGAGCUAUUAUUGUCACAUAACAAUCUGUACAUGCGUCAUGUACACAGAUCCACAAAUGUGUAAGAAAUUCAGAAAAUGCAUAAAAUAUUGACAGAUGUGAACACAGAUCUGCAGAUGAUUAGACUUGAAUGCAUAUGUAGCCAUUAAUGACUGAAGUUUUAGUGUUUCUCCUACAAAACCUGAAAAUUCACACAAGUGCAUCAGUUACACCCCAAGGAGGACCUCUCCAUUGACUGUUUGUUUACAGGAGAUCUUUGCUACAGUUCUGUUGAGAUCCCCAAAUGUACUUUUCAUGUGUCUUUAAGGUAUUGCAUGACUCCAUAUAGUUCAAGCCUUAAUCACUUCAAUCAUCCGUCUUCUCACUGUUCACAGGUCAAUCUGGCCUUGCCAGUAAACAAGGUGCACUUUGACUUAACCUCUGUCCUGACAACACUGGCCCAGAAUGCAGUCAUUAAGGAGACCCAUGGUCUGACGCGCUGCAUCCUGAGUGAAGUCACAACAAAGACGGGAGACAAAGAGACGGUCCUCAACACAGAGGGCAUCAACAUGCAAGAGUUGUUUACACACAGUGAUGUAUGUGGCAAAGAGAUUUUGGUGAUGUCUGCAUUUUUAGACAUCAGACUUCCUCAAGAUUUUAAGGGUGAAAAAAUAUAUCCAGAGCAGUGUUAACCACACUUUUUCAAAUUUAAAAAUAAAAUUUUCAAAAACUUUCCAAGCCAAAUUGAGUCAAAAAUACACACAUUUUUAGCUUUGCCAACAAAGAAGAGACAAAAGAUGAAGAAUGAGUUGCAAAGAAACACAGCUGUGUAGACACAGACAUAAGACAGCAUUUAGGGAAGAGGUGAAGGAAAGGAGGAGAGAUACACCCCCAGUCUCUCUGUUGUAACCCAUGUCAGUUAAAACCUUAUUUCAGUUCUUAGAAAUGAUCGAAGAUCGAUAAAACAGAUCAAACGGGUUAUGGAUCUCAGUUUCUCAUUGAUCAUGAAUGCUGUAUCAGCAACAGUGUAUUAGACACUCAGAAUGAGAAAUAUCUACAUCAGUUUUGACUAUUUGAUAUAUUCUCUGAUCAUGUCAGACCUUUGGCUUGUCGACUCUUAUUGUCUUAUGUAACUACUACAGCUUCCAGCAGUCUUAUUCCUAAAAAGCACAGAUCCCAGUGACACUUUCUAAAUCCUAAAAAAAUGCCUGCUGUUAAUACGACAUGCUUUUGGUAGUUUUUUUUGUUUUCGUCAUGUGGCAUAAAAACUGUGAUUGUAUUUUCUGUUUUCAGAUCUUGGACAUCAACAGAUUGUACUCAAAUGAGGUCCAUGCCAUGGCUAAGACCUACGGGAUAGAAGUGGCUCUGAAGGUCAUAGAGAAGGAGAUCAAAGAUGUCUUUGCAGUCUACGGUACACUGACAUACAUCCCAACACACACACAAAGACUUGCUUUAAGUCAUACCUGAGACAGUAGACCACACGGGUGUCAAAAUGACUCUUCUGUGUCCAUACUUCUGUCACCAGGUAUCGAGGUGGACCCCAGACAUCUGUCGCUGGUAGCAGACUACAUGUGCUUUGAGGGUGUUUAUAAGCCAUUAAACCGGCACGCCAUCCAGUCCAACUCCUCCCCUCUGCAGCAGAUGACCUUUGAGACCAGCUACAAAUUCCUCAAACAGGCCACUAUGCUGGGUGAGAAAGAGACUAGAGUGAAAUUUCCUGGUAUUUUCUUCAGAACACGGUGACAAAAACUGAAGUCACUGAAUAACGCAGGGACGGUGGUAGUUAAGGCUAGCUAGUAAAGCAUUGAUGCUGUAUACAGAUGUUUUACAAAGUUAGUUAAUGCAACAGCAUUUUUAAUUUAUGUUAAUGAUUUAGUCAUGCUGUAUAGAUUAAGACUGUUGCUAUUACGAUUUAGUUAUGCCUCACCUCUAUUGAGAAUAUGUUAACGUGUAACAUGUAAAGCUGUCACAGUAACACACUUUCACCCCAUGAUUAUUAUUAACAUAAAAUAUUAUGAUAAUUGUUGUGAUUUUUAUGGAAAACUUGAAAAUAGAACAACACCGUCAGUCAAAUUGAGCAGGUCAAGGCUGGAGCAAUGUCUUACUUCAUAAACUUUACUAGUAAAUAGAGUGUACUUGAAUAACAAACUGGACAGGUCUAAGAACUCUGAAGAGGUCUACAAGAAGGACCUCAGCCGUCUCUACUUCCUAAAGAGGCUAAGGUCCUUUAACAUCUGCAGGACCAUGCUGAGGAAGUUCGAUGAGUCUCUGGUGUUCAGCGUGAUCCUGUUUUCUGUUGUGUGCUGGGGCAGCAGAGUGAGGGUAGCAGACACCAACAGACUUUACAAACUCAUCUGCAAGUCCAGUGACAUUGUCAGGGUAGAGCUGGACUCUGGCUGAUGUUGUCAAAGCUACAUGUAAUCUUGGACAGCAUCCACCACUUGCUCCAUAACGUCCUGGUUAAACACAGGAGUACAUUCAGUGUUAGACUCAUUCCCCCUAAAUGAACCACAGAGUGUCACAGGAAGUCAUUCUAACCUGUUGCCAUCAAACUUUAAAACGCCUCCUUCUGAGUGUCACUCACUCUGACUGUCCCCAGGUUUAUUCAUGCAGUGGCUGUAAACUUCUCCACUUCAUAUAAUUACAUCAACUGUGCAAUCUGCUUGUAAACCAGUCAAAAAUUCAAUCAUCUAAGAGUGCAAUACAGAAAAUAACAUUAUUAAGCUUACCUGUGCAAUAUUCUGUUUAACUGUACAAUACUCUGGGCAAUAUUCUACAGGUCAAUGCUGCAAAUUGAUUUUGUAUUCACUUCCUCCUCUGUGUGCUUAUAUAUAUAUAUAUAUGUAUAUGUAUAUAUAUAUAUAUAUAUAUAUAUAUAUAUAUAUAUAUAUAUAUUUAUAUUUAUAUUUAUAUAUAUAUUUCCGUAGACACUGCUCUUUGUAAAUAGCUUUAUUUGCAAUAUUCUGCGCUUUUUACUAACCAUUGCAAUUCUUGUUUGUUCUUGUUUCAUUCCUAUUUCUGUUCUUCUUUUUCCAUUAGUAUUUGUAUUUUCAAGUAUAAUGCUGUAAUGAGUCAUUCACCAGCCUUAUGACUGAAACUUUCAGCAAUUUGUUAAGAGAAGGAAUUGUUUCAUAAAAUGAUGGUGUGUCAUAUUUUGUAGGUAUUUUUUUCCAAUGAGGUUACUUCAUUUCCUACAUUGUAAAAUUAUGCUUUUAUUUUGAAGGAUACUACCUCUGGUUGAUCUUAAGUUUUGAUGGAAAACAGUUCUAAAGUUUGAUAGUAAGACUGUGCAGUUGACUAUGAAUCAGAUGAGACAGUUAAUAUUGCAUGUUCAGUUUUCUGAAGCUUCAUUAUUAGCUCUCAGAUGCCUGUGGCAGUUUGCUCGACGAUGCCUCUUCAUUUGUUGUCUGUUUUAUGGUGUAUGACAACCAUCGCAAAGGAAUUUUGUUAUAAACUUAAAAUAUCACCUUCUGUCUGUUUUUCAGCACAAUAUCAGUAUUUCAUAUUUUGAGAAUUUGUUUGUCUUUAAACCUGGUAAAGUGUGGCAGCUCUAAUUGUAAGGCAACAACUGUGUCUUUGUAUCAGCCUGUUUAAUUUGGUGACCUUUGUUUUUUCUUAUUUUUCAGGCUCGCAUGAUCAGCUAGCAUCUCCGUCAGCUUGCCUUGUUGUUGGCAAAGUAGUCAAAGGUGGGACUGGACUUUUUGAACUAAAACAACCUCUGCAGUAGGAGGCAUGAAGCUGCUGACAGCAAAGAACAAGGAAACGAAGAAAUGUCACAUGAGCUUGUAAUAUUUUCCGUCUGUAUUUUAUAACGAAGUAAAUUGACAAUAAAACCAGUGUUAUUUAAGUUUC